AUGCUACGAGCUCUUUUUGUCGCGGAGAAAAACGAUGUUGCAAAAGGAAUUUCGGGUCUUCUAGCCAAUGGUUCUCUUUUUACUGUGUCUUAAAAGCAUCAAACUGAUAAAAUCCUUUUAAUUUUCAGCUUCUUUUAAAGUUUAAGAAUUCAAAGGCUAUUAUUAGGACACUUCAAUCGUCGAGAGGGCCGGUCGAAAUUCAAUAAAAUCUACGAACUCCAAACCCAAGUGCUUGGACGAGUGAGUGCACCGUGAGUAGACUCACGACCCUUGUCUGAUUAUUAGAAUGCGGUCGUUUCGAUAACGAGUGUUUCGGGUCACAUGAUGGAGUUGGCGUUCCACGCCGACAUGGCCAAUUGGCAGGUCCAACUUCUGUCGUUGGUUCACUGAAGAAUCUGUAGUUCAGACUGUACGGAUCGCUUCUCUUUUUGAUGCGCCUGUGCAACAAAAAGUUGCCGAUGGGAUGAAGGAUAUCGCCAGGACUUUGACGUAGAUUGUUUUUGUUUAGAACUUUGUCUGAGGAACUUUAUAGAUUAUGCGAAGGAAUUUUGUAAGUAAUCUUAAACAGUGAAUACAUGUAUCAAAUUAAUAGGAACUUGAGAGUUUACUUUUAGUUUCUAUUUCUGCGAAAGAGGCAAUUUCAUGUUGCAGUGAAUUAAAAUUUCUUGUCAGAAACUUCAAAUUUAUUUUAUUUAUCCGUUUUUUCAUAAUCGAAUUUGAAUGAAAAUCUGAAAAAUGCCCUCUAAAAAAAGUAGAGUUUACUUUUGUCGUGGGCACUGGAGUGAAGUUUCUUGCAACAAUUUCCUUAGGAAAAUAAAGCGUAAAAAUGAUUUUCCUUUCUAGAGAAGAGGCAAAAAAGAACGACGUCCUCGUCAUCUGGACAGAUUGUGAUCGAGAGGUUCUCCUCGUAUUUGACUCGAAAAGUUCUAUAAAAAGGAUAUUUAGGGUGAAAACAUCGGAGCGGAAAUCGUAAAAGUUUGCAAAGAAAGCAAUCCGCGGCUCGACGUGUUCCGAGCGAAGUGAAUUUUUAAAUAAGAUUUUAUAAAUAAAUAAAGUUCAGGUUCUCUGAAAUAACUGCUUCGGCGGUCCAUCGAGCGGUUCGUAACCUGGUGAGAUUAGACAACAAUAUCGUCGACGCCGUUGACUGCCGUUCUGAGUUGGACCUGCGUAUAGGUCUAGAUUAAAAUUUGGUUUUCAUUGUUUCUUGAUUCGAAAAGUUGAUCUAGUUAUGACUUAAAGCAACGGGGUCGAAUGAGGACGAACCUGAGGGGCGGUAACAGUUUUUGAAAAAAAUAGAAAAAGCUGGGUUCAGCCCACAAAAUUCAAACAACUGCGUUAUAUUGAACCGAAUUCGUUUUUUUAAGGAGCCGCCUUCACCAGACUGCAAACAUUGCACUUACGGAGUAAAUUUAGAGACAUCUUUGAAAGUCAAAGUAAGUUUCUUUCGUGACUUUUUCUCAUUUUUUUUAGAUCAAAAAGUUAUAAGCUACGGAAGCUGCCAGUUCCCGACUCUCGGAUUCGUCGUCGACCGUUAUAAAAUGAUUGAAAAUUUUAAACCGGAGAAUUUCUGGCGGCUACUCGUCGAACAUGUCCGAAAUGGGAUCAAGGUUCUGUCUUAUAUCGUCAACCGAUGAGUGAUAUUAUUGUUAAGGUCGAUUUCUUGUGGGAUCGCAAUCGCCUUUUCGAUCGAGACGUAGUUAAUGUUUUUUUCUCUAUUUCUAUCAAUUGCAAAGCAAAAUUUCAAAGGUCCUUUACGACAACUGCCAAGAGAAGUUGGAGGCGAUCGUCGAGAAGGUUGUCAAGAAGCCGAAGUCGCGUUGGCGUCCAUACGUCUCUCUUUAGUUAUGUUAUGAAGAUGAGAAGGAUUUUGGCAGGCGAUGGAUACUGUGGCGCUGGAGAAGCUUGGCUCGUCCAAGUUGAAGAUGUCGGCGAAGGAAGUGAUGUCUGUGGCCGAGAAGUUGUACAGCAAAGGCUGGAUCUCGUAUCCGAGGUAUCAUAAAUGAUGAAGCUCGAGAUUAGUCUUCUCCAGAAUUUCAGAGGGUUCAAACAAAAAAGUGUGAAUCCAAACAUUUUUUCGGAAUUUCCUUGGCGUUAUUGUAGUAUACUUUUUACUUUUGUGAACUACGAGAAUUAUAUAGAAGAAAAUGACGCAGAAUAGUUUUCAAAAUUUGUCGAAUAGAUGAAAUUAUAUAAUGUAUGUUUUGGGUUAGCUCUAGAAGCUUUUUUGCCCUUUCCAUUUCUUGAAAACAGAUAUUCAUAAGGAACGUGUUUUAACGAAUACCUUCAAAUCUUUCUGAAAGUUUCAUCAUUUUUUCAGAAAAUUCCGACCUUUAGAGUUUCUUUCCUCGCUGUCUUUUCAGUUCAUAGUUGUAUAAAUGAUAGGUUUACAGAACGGAGACGAAUAAAUUCCCUAAAGGGAUGGAGUUGGCGCCACUAGUUGAAAUGCAGGCCGAAUCGAACGAAUGGGGCAACUUUGCCAAAGAGGUCCUAUCGUUCAAAUGUUUGAUCCAAGGCGAACCUGUUCAGGUCGUUGAACGAGGCGUGAACCCUCGCAACGGGAACAAAAGCGACGAAGCACAUCCCCCCAUUCAUCCGCUGAAGUUCGCUGAUAGGUUCCGUCAAACUUUGUUGCCAUGUUUCUGGAUCGGGCCCAUUCAGACAAACUUUGAACGGGAACGAGUGGAGGGUAUACGAGUUAGUGGUGCGGCAUUUUCUGGCGUGUGUCUCGAGAGACGCUUCUGGCGAGGAAACCGUCGUCAAUGUAUUCAAGUUCUCCCCACCGACUUGAAUUGCUGGGCUCUCACGUGGAAAGGCUCGAAGCGAACCGGUCGCGGUGCGGUUAGGGCUUGGAUUUACGUGGUGAGGCACGCCUCAAGCCAUUCCACGUGCGACCAUUUUCGAUCAGAACUUGUUGAGUAUAUCAAGACUUCCUUACAUAAUGUUUCAGCUGCGCAUCAACAGCGAAAGGUUUCACGCGAAUGGACUUUGCGUCAAGGACUUAGGUUAGCAUUAAUUUAAUCCCGCCUUGACCUGCUUACUUUUUUCGAAAAAAAGCUUGCGAAAGCCUUUUUAGGUUUGUAAGCAAUUUCAGGGAAGGGUAUCUUACAUCUUUAUGUUUUCUAAAGCCAUUUUAAUGAACGGAUUAAAUAUGAAAAUAUGAGAAAAACUACGAAAAAUAUCUCAAAUUAUCGUAUUGAUAAAGAAAAAAAAAGAGACAUAAAGCUAAAUAGAAAUCCCGUGUUCUUUACUAGUUUAUUCAGUCUUCAGAGAAGUUUCAGACCGAAAAAUCGGGUUGUAGAAGUGAGAUAACUAUAACUAUAAUAAUAAUAAUAAUAAUAAUAAUAACGCGUUUUUUUAGAGUUUUGAAAACUCCGUAAAAACUUCACAAAUUCUCCUGACUUUGUGUAUCAUUAUGAAAUCAGUUGAUAAGCCUCGUUUAAAAGAAUAAUACGCGAUCUUGAGAGAAAGUCAAGUGGACACUUUGAAGUGGUCUGUGACCAUCAGAAUUGUAGCGGUGAGAAAAGAAAUUCUUAAGAUAAAUUCUCCCAGGAUACAUGCACGUGUACGUCUAUGAGAAAUGGGGUGACAAACAGAUACCGACCUACGUGGAAAAUGAAAUUCUGAAAGAGUUCAACCUGAGAAUUGUCGACGGAACGACACAACCGCCGGAUUUGCUCACAGAAGGUUUCUCAGGCCUAUAUUUUUCUCGAAAAAGUUUCUGACAGCGGAUUUGAUCGCUCUGAUGGAUAAGUUUGGAAUUGGGACUGAUGCCACUCACGCAGAACACAUUGAAAAAAUCAAGGUGCUCUUUAUAUCGAGACGUUUCAAGUGAAAGAAGUGUAGGAACGAGAUUACAUCGGGGUGAAAGGCGAUGGCAAAUUGCUGCCCAGUUUCAUCGGGUUGGCCCUCGUCGACGGCUACGAUGACAUGGGUUUCGCCAGUUUGCAGCCUUGAUCUCUGCAACGGUUUGCAGGAUUUGCCAUGAGUAAGCCAGAUUUGCGAGCGAACCUGGAACGGGGUCUGAAGGACAUUUGCGACAGAAAUCGAAACAAACGCGAUGUUUUGACUGAGCAGGCAAUUUCCAUCUUGCAUAUGAAAUCAGAGCAAAUACGAGUUUUACCUGAUGAGCUUUUGCACUAACUGAUUUAUAUGUGAAAUAGUACUUGAGAUUCUUACAUUAGUAGGAUAACGUGCAAAGUAUCUAUCAUGUGUGGUUUCAGAUCGGCAAGUACAGGACAAUUUUCGAUGAGACUGAAAGCAAAGUUUUUUUCCUGUCAAAGUCUUUAGAAAAGUCUUGAUUUAAUUAUUUUCAUAAGUAAUGAAGAUUUCUAGAUAUUUGGAUAAGCGGUCAUCUGGCAACUUGCCAGACGUAGGCAACGGCGGUCAUGGCGGAGGUCCGCCAAGAGGUCCAGACGGCGGCGGCGGCCGAGGUGCCCCACGCGGUGGCGGUGCCGACAGAGGCAGAGGCAGAGGUGGACGGAAGACGACGGCGAGUCGACGCGGCAGAAAGAACGACAUGGCCGCUUCUGGAGCCAACGUCUGUUCUUUUGCCUUUUCGAGUUCGGAUAGCUGGUUUGCAUCCACACUGUGGAAGUCUUCAUGUCAACAUUCUCUGUCUUUACUUUUUAAACACUUGUUUGAAAUAUGAAAAACUAAUUUUUUUAUAAAAACUGAGUGUGAGUCUUUUUUUGACAAAGAGGGUCAUUUAGGCAUACGUUCGAAAAAGUUUUCUCGAUGAUUUUAUAGAUUCUUUUUCCGUUUUUGUGUUUGGAGUCCAUCUCUUUUUUUUUUAAUCUAAAAGCUCUGAAAACCCGAUCUUCAAUAAUAGAAUUCCCCGGAAACCGAUUCAUUUCGUCUUUGUUAAUAUUCAGUGGAAUUUUUCUCUACAUCUAGAAGAUCUGACGCAUAAGUCAAGUAGCUCUUAGUCAUACUAUUUUUUGAACAAGUCCGCCAUCACAAUCAAAAAAAAAUUCACAGAUGUCCAACUACAAUGGCGAAGACGAAGCGGAGACGCGGCGCCCUCGGGAACGCAAAAACACGCGGACGCUGGCGGAAGGUUUGAACAGAGGCUGAUCCGGGCGCAGUGUUGACUCUGCAGACGCCGAAGAGGUGAUGUGCGCCUGCAACCCGCCGCUGCAAGCCGUCCAGAAAACUGUGCAGAAGGAAGGUCCCAACAAGGGCAAACGCUUCUGGACUUGCUCGCUUCCGUUCAAUUCCAGCGAGAAAUGCUCGUUCUUCCAAUGGGUCUGA